AAUUUCUAUAUCCGGUUAUUACAGGCACGUGCUCCUUCCCUAAAGAUGAUGAAACCAAAGACGAUCUCUCUUCAAAAACAUAAAAAUGAUCAAUUCAACAGAUGGCGUGACUGAUAGCAGUAAUUCUGUUGUUAGCUGUUAGAAUCAAGAGCGCAGGCUGUGUUUGUAUACUUUUAUGCUUGGGAAAAGAAAAUAGUUUGGACAUUCAAUGCUAAUCAAACGCUUUUCUGUGACUUUGCUCACUGCUUCAUUCAAGAUAUAGAUGUCAUGUCAAAAACUGAAAAGAAUCGAUUAAAACGCUUGACGAAACGAUUGGAAAGGAUCAGUCGCAAAUGCAAAACAAAGCCAAAAGCGCCUGUAAAACCUGAAAAGUACUGUUCGUGUGGACCGAAAGUUCGACUUGAAGAUUUAGUUAGUCUUGAUUGUGAAAUGGUAGGAGUCGGGCAAGAUCGUUCUUGCGCAAUAGCCAGAUGCAGUUUAGUAGAUUAUCAAUGCAGAACACUUUGUGAUAUCUACGUAAAACCUGAUAAACCGAUAACGGACUAUCGGACGUUUGUCAGUGGUAUUCGACCAUGUCAUAUGAAAAAUGCAAUUAGCUUAGAAGAAGCAGUUUCAAUUAUUUCAGAACUGGUCAAGGACAAAAUAGUGGUUGGUCAUUCACUUUAUAAUGAUUUAAGAUUAUUAAACGGUCUGCAAAAGUUAGAUACGAGAGAUACAAUUAAAUGUGAAAGAUUAAAACUAAAGGCUUUAGCUGUUAACUGUGAAAAGAAAGGCUUAGCAAGUCUGUCUUAUUGUUUAUUGAAAAAGAAAAUUCAAGUGGGAGAACAUUGUUCCGUUGAAGACGCAGUAGCGACGAUGCAACUGUUCAAGUAUGCUCAUUUUGAUAUUAGACCUGAAGGAAACGAUUGUUUAUCGAGUUUGUUGACAGAUAAUUAUUGGCCUAGUAAUAUUUUUGAAUGUUGCGAUAGAUAAGGGGCUGAUUUGUUUUUAUAAGUGUUGUUGUAUUCGGUUAUAAAAUACUCUUUAUAAAAAAAACACUAUCAAAUGUUAGGCAAUUCUGAAUAUGAAAAUUACUUAAAUAUUUUUUAUCACUACUGUCUCAAUUACUGAAAAGAUAAGAUUUUUUUUAAAUAAUUUCAAUACAUUCAAAAAAUUAGGUUGAGUUGAUAGAUUUGCUAGCAAAAGUAUUUUGUUCUUAUUACAAAUGGAAUCCUAUCUUUCGUUUGACAGCUUCUUUUUAAGAUGAGAAUGAUUUUUUUAAGGUUUGUUGAGUCAAGAUGUUUUUGGCAAAUGGAAAGAUUCUAUUUUUAAUUCUGUAUAACCUCAAAAACAGAAGAUAAAAAGUUUCUGAAUGUGUUUCAACGCCAUCUAUAGUACAGGCAACAAAUGCUCUGUUGACCCCGCGAAUGACAAAGCUAGAGGAGAUUCUGUAAUCAAAAGCAAACAAGACAAAGUCGAUCGACAAACCAAGUAAUUAUACAAAAUAAACAAACCACCGCGAAAUCGAUUAAACACUCCCCUGUUCGGUUUUUAGCAAGACAAACAACGGCAUGUGGCUUGAUACAACGCAGACCACUUGUCAGAGUUUGCAAGAAAUAAAAACCGAGCAACAUUCACCUAAGUCGAAAAUAAAAAUCCGCUUUUCUCUUAUCUCGAUGAUAAAAACGAUAAAAUUUGACCGAGAAAUCACGUGGUUAAAUUAUUAUAAUUAGGCAACAAAAACUUAUAGGAUAAUAGUAGUUAAUUGUACGAAUUGCAUGCAGACAAGCAGGCGUCACAAAGUCAUUAAAUGAGCACCAAGAAGAUACAACUCAUCAAUUGUUUAUGAUUUAGGAGGUAGAGGAGGCGCCCUAGCUUCUUCCACUCUCCUUAAGAGAACUUCUAACCAACAAGGGCACUGUGUGACAUCUAGUCUCUUGUAACCUGGUCCCCAACCUUUGGCGAACGAAAUCCUUAAGGCCCGAUGAUCCACAGGACCUGGGAUAGCUCUGGAACAAGGGCAUUGCUUUCGGGAUGUAAGAUCCGCGAGCGUUGAAAAGGCAUUUACGCAAUGUUUCGGUGCUAAUCUUCUCACAGAAAAUGGGUCGUUACAGGAAUGCACGAAAAUGGGGUGAUCAGAGAGAUUGUAGACCCAAAUUCCAUCAUCUUCCUUACUUAGGCAUACGCCGCGUCCAAUUUUUGCUCUAGUUCUGUCUAUACUCGCUUCGGCAUCCGUCGAAUGGAGAACCCCUAAGCAGAGGUGUUCGGCACCAGUCUCCGUUCUGGGUCCAUCUGAAACGUGGACGGUCGAUGAGGUUAUGUGAUAAGUUCUAUGAAUUGGUGUCCUUUCUUCCCAGUAUCGUACUCUAGCCCAUGUAGUUAAGUUAGGAUCGUCUGAAAGGAUAACAAAAAUUUUAGGUAUAAAAUAUUUAGAAAUAGUUUAUUUAUUGUAUAAAAAGCGACUGUAUGCCCGACGGCAGAAAGGGAGAAAAACUUAUCACAUCUUAAAUUUUUUCUAAAAAUUACUCCAAGCUAAAUAGAUCGAGUUUGGAUUUAAGAAGUUAAACGGCUUUAAUUACAGGUAGUAAAGUGCAAUACUAAGUGAGAAAUUCAGCUAGCAGUUAGAUGUAGAUUGUUAAAAAGUGUCAAACGUCACAGUUUUCAGGUGGGCGCCCGCGGGCUCACCGUUACAUUUGCGUGAGAAAAUGUCCAUGGAAUCUAUAUAGAAAUGCAUAAAAGAAGGGAAGUAAAGGAAACUUUCCCUUUAACUCUUUGCUUUCUAUUUCGGGACCGAUAUUAGAAUUCUCCAAAGUACGAAAAAUAAACAGACGUUUCAGCAUCGUGUAUAGACAAUAUAAACAAAAUUUGCGCAAUACGUAUCAAUUCCCUAUCAUCUGAUUGACGGCAUAAUGUUUUCUAACACUACAUUUUUCUCGUAACAAAGGAUGACCGAUCGUUGAGCUCAUAUGGAAAGUAUAUCAAAUUUAUCUGUCAUGUUGCAUUGAGGAGAGAAAUAACUGGACAGUAAGACCCUAAAAAUAGCAACGACUAUCUCAGUUUACAAAGAAUAUGAGACAGAGAGGUAUAUUACGCAAGAAUUCAUCACAUGUCAGGAAUAUUUAAUUAUAGUUAUCAGCUCAAAUUAUAAUACAAGAGAAAUUACAUUAUCUUAAAUGAGAUUUGGCAUUUGGGAUAUGGUGACUAAGGAAAUUACAUUUUAUAGCCCUAGUUCGUGUUCAAUUUUUAUAAAUUUUAGACUCUAUAAAUUUAUUAUUCAUUAUAGCCUAGCUGAAUUCUGCAGCGGCACAAUUAGUGUCACUUGUUAAAAAAUUAAAAGCCGAACUAGCGUUUUUAUAUUCAUGUCUCCAGCUGACAAGUAGAACGCUGCGAGUAAAAAACUUAUACAAUUACUGGCGACAGUUGGUGAAUAAAGGCAAUAUUUAAAAAAAUCUGAGUUAUCAAAAA